AUGUCAAAUCAGUUAGUUUACAUUGGUCUUCCGAAGGAAAUUGAGCAGGAAAAACGCUUUCAACUAAAGUCGAUCUACCUUCCGAUCGGGAAAAUUGGAGGUAAACCUUCUUGGCUCAAUCCAACAUGUAUACCAAAAGCUUCAGAUGUAUUAUGUAAUGUAAGUUUUGCGAUUUUUAUCAUUUUACAUGUUUAGGUUUGUGGAAAGUCAAUGGCUUUUGUGAUACAAGUUUAUGCGACGGAUCCUAGUGACAAUGAAGAAGCUUUCCAUCGUUAUUUAUACGUUUUUGUGUGUCGGAACCCUGAAUGCUCAAAGGUAAAACUGGAAAAAAGUUUGUUUAAGCUAUUUUUAAAGUCAAAAUCUUUUUUUUUAAAUUUGGUGGCUUUUAGACAUUGAUGUUAACAUAGGUUUUCAGAUUUUUUUUAUAUCUCUUAAACUUAGCAAAUUUUCAAAUCUUACUAGUAUAUUUAGUAAUGAGCAAUAUGAAAAUAAUGUUUAAAUGUUUCAGCUUCAAAAUGCGUCCAAUAUAAAGGUACUGAGAUGUCAGUUGCCUCGAGAAAAUAAGUUUUAUUCAAGUGAAUCAAGGUUGAAUCCAAGUGAUACAGAAGCGGAAGAUCCAUAUUAUGACGAGAAAACUUAUAACAAGGUUUGCUCUACGUGUGGCUUGAAAGCUGCGAGUAGAUGUGCAAAGUGUGACAAAGCUUGGUAUUGUGGAAGAGAUCAUCAGAUACUAGACUGGACUAGUGGACAUAAGGCCUUAUGUUCUGGAGAGGAUGGUAAGGGAUCUGUGGUGAUGAGAUUUAGGGGUUGAAUUAGGUUUUCAAUGAUUUUUUAUUGAAUUUAUGUUGGGAAACAUUUUUUGACAUUUAGGUAUAAAUUCAGCAAUAACUUAUUUAAAAAUUAUGUUCUAAUGCUAAUUUAUCCUAUUUUCAGUUCCCAAGACUUUAGAGAACGUUUUUCUGUUCCCGGAGUACGCUAUUCAAAUGGCUACAUACGAAGAAUUCGAAUUUGAUCCAGCGGAGUAUAGUGAUGAUGAAGAUGAUGAACAAGAAGAACCAGGCUUUGAACGAAUGCAAAUGGACAAACUUAAAGAAGUUGUGGAUGAAAUGAAAGAGAAGGGCAUAGGUGCGGAUGGGAAAGAAUUGGAUGAAGUUGAGGAAAAGAAGGACAAGUUAUACAAGUAUUUUGUGGACCUACUACAAGAUAAUCCGGAACAGGUGUUUAGGUAUGAUUUGGGCCUUAAUUUGGUGAAGGAAUACUUGAUUUAAUAAAAUUUUAAAAUAAAAUAUUAAUUUUUAUGAUAAAAGUUAAAGAAAAUUAUAAACUUCAUAUUAAAAAUGUCAUUUUAGGUACGCCCGAGGUGUCGCCCCCUUAACAGCCAGUGAUUACUGCCCAAAACCGUCAUCAAUACCUCCGUGUGAACUGUGCUCAGCUCCACGAGAAUUCGAAUUACAAUUGAUGCCAAAUUUGAUAUCAUUGAUGGAGGUGGACUCAAUUGACCAGUCGAUUGAUUGGGCAACAGUCAUGGUCUUUACCUGCUCGAAACGAUGCACGAUACUAAACUUUGGCUACACAAACGAGUUUGUCUUUAAACAAGACUUUGUUGAUCAAAAAGACGAGACCGAAGGCAUGGAUGAGUAA